AUGGACAUCACACUUCCUAAGCUCAAAUACGCGAUGGGGAAGGAACCCGUGAGUGGGUUCAAGGCCAUAGAUAAGUACUCGGACUUCAAGUACAUCGCCAAGGUGAAGGAGAUACUCGGACCUGAGCAAUUUAAGAGAAUCGAGGACUCUUUCUUGGGUCCGGUUUUGCAGUUCGGUUCGAGGAAUCUAUCUAUGUCAGGGAAGACGAUCUACACAAUUCUGACCAAGACCCUGGAAACCAAGAAAGAAAAGGAGCUGUGGUUUCAUUUUGGUGGACAUCCUAUGAGGUUUUCUAUAAGAUAA